GCAGUUCCAUAAGGAAUGAAUACUUUUCCCGAGUUUCACCAAUAUUUCUUAGACAAUUGUUUAACUUUCUUGGAAUAUAAUUUACAGACUUUCCACACCCCAAGUUUCGGAGACGAAGAGUUUGAUAUUCCGCCUUUCCAUCUUUCUUCUGCUCUUAAUGGAGAUGUUUACGGAUCCCAGCCUUUAUCACAUCUACAACCUCAGGGACAAGGACUGGCUUUAGAACCUUCUGUGAUGAUGACAUCCAGAGCUGUUACCAGUUCUCCUUCUAUUGGCAUAAUGGGUAACCAUCAGUACACAGUUGUACAGGAUAUGUAUCCUCCUCCUAUUGGAGGAGUGGUCACUUCGAGAGGAGUUACGGAGGUCCACAAUAUGCAUAUUCCAAUGCAUUCAUACAAUGGUCAUCUUGGCUACGGCAACCCACAAGUACAACAACAACAUCAUUCCCCAUCACAAAGCAUGCCUCCGCCGCAGAUGCCACCUAGCGGACAGCAUCAAUACCAACAGACUAUAAGUGGUCAUAUGAGAACUCUCAACCAAUCGCAGUUAUCGUCACAGCUAGGCAUGCAUGUGCCCAUGAACCAUCCGAUUGGUCAAGCACCGGCUUCAGUCGGGAGCUCACCCAGGUCCAAUCAAACUUCACCAGGUCAUGAAACCAGUGAAGAUAGUGACGAUAGCAAUGCUUUAGCUCAGUUGAUGGUAGGUGUUAAACGACCUUCACCAGAACCAGUUGAACCGACUACUACACAAACACCUAACAAGCCUAAGAAGCCUAAAGUACAGAAAAAGAAGAAAAGAGAUCCCAAUGAACCUCAAAAGCCUGUGUCAGCAUAUGCUCUGUUCUUUCGAGAUACCCAAGCGGCAAUCAAAGGUCAAAAUCCAAAUGCCAGUUUUGGAGAAGUUUCCAAAAUCGUAGCUUCAAUGUGGGACGGAUUAGAAGCAGAUCAUAAGAAUGUGUAUAAAAAGAAAACUGAAGCGGCUAAAAAAGACUAUUUGAAGGCUUUAGCUGCUUAUCGAGCCAGUCUUGUCUCUAAGGCUGCUAGUGAUCAGUCUGACAAUAUGGGAGGAAACUCUGUAACUUCUACAACACAUGUGUCAUCAGCUACUUUGUCCAAUGCACCAUCAAAUACACAGUCGUUGUCAAAGUUGCAGAAGAAAUCACCACUUCUGACAUCACUUAUAGAAGGUUCAUCUGCUUCUGUGGCCAUGACUCAGCCACAACCACCAGUGUUUCCCAGUCAGGUAUGGACAAUGACACCCCCCAUGAAUGGUAAUAGAGGAAUGCAUCAGCAACAGAUGCAACUGGUACAAGGGCCACCUCAAAUGUUGCACCAACAGAUUGGAGGACCCAUGCAACAGCAGCAGAUGCUUCCAAUGGGUAACCUAUCAGCUAUGUCACAAAUGCCUCCUCCUUCACAACCUGUCAGCUCAGCGCCAUCUUCCUAUUCACAGAGUAUUUCAUCAGUGCUGAUACCAAAUAAUCCAGGAAUGACAAUGUCACAGAAUAUGCUUCAUGGACAACAGCAAAUGAGGAAUGGUGGCUGUACAAAUCCACCUGUAAACAACCCAGACUGGGAAAAGGAAUAUCAUGCAAAUGACUUUGUUGUUUCCAACUGCAGCUAUCAAGCCGUAUGGAAUUCUGAGGGCACACAGUAUCCAGUUCAACAGGGCAUGUAUCUGCAACAUGGAUGGCAUCAAGACAUUCCAUCACCAGUAACACUCAAGUAAUAAUUCUAUAUGAAACAAAGGAAGAUAAAUGAUUUGUGUGAUAAAAAGACACAAGGUUAAAAGGUUUCACUAUUUUAUAAAAUCAGCGAAAGAUUAAGAAGGAUCAAACUAAAAAAUAUGUAUGUUUGAAGAAAGUCUAGUAUUGAUUUUAUCUUGGUUUUCUGAAGAUUUUCCUUUGUGGUGCUGACUUUAUGUAAAGAGAGAGAGUCCCUGACUAUUUUGUCACAGUCAUGAUUUAACAUCAAUAGCUAGUAAAUAGCAAUGUAUUGAAAUUAAUGGUGAACCCAGAAAUCAGUGCUCACUACAAGUUGUGUUAAUAUUAACUUGCCAGAGUGGUUAAGAAAGCUCAUGCUUUUAGAAAAUGAUUACUCACAGAUCUAUUGAACGUGAUAUUUAGGGUAUGGUGAAACCAAGAUUAAACUUUUUUUCUCAGCAUUCCAGUUUUGUUUAAAUGGAUUUACAACAACUGUGGAUUUCCAGUGAAACUAAAAUUUCAAGAUCACUCAAAUGGAAUAAAUAGGAUAUGACUGUAUUGCCAUACCGGUUUUUGAUGUAAACGUAUAUAUAUAUAUAUAUAUUUCAACCUUUGAAAGAAGAUGCUGAAAUAAAGGUGUUGAGUUUAGAUAUGUCGAUGAAAUGUACAUGAAAUUUAUCAUAUAAAAGUUGUGAUUUGAAAGUAAAGGUAAGACACGAAAAGAAGGAAUAUACAGAAAAAUAAAUAUAUACAUAUUGUAUAUUUCUGAGAUAGUCCUUUUGGUGUAGGAAUUGAUGUGGUAUUGUAUCAUUGUUAACUCUCAGUUAUCUUAAUUCUCGCUUGCUGAUUGUUUCUUGUUUGUAUUUUGUAAGUAUUGUAGUAAGUAUCGGUAUUUGUUGGUACAAAGGAUAAACAUUGUUAGAUUACCAUUUAAGAUCAAUUAUUUAACACUGCAUUGUAGCAAAAUGUUAUUUUUGUAUGGAUUAUGAUUAUGACAGUCCAAAUUGAAAUCUAUCCAUUAUAAAAAAAACUUGAAUGUAAUCAUUUUUUGAGAAGUCCUAUAUUUGUUGCUAAAAUCGCCCUUUCUCGUGUAGAGACUUCUGAACAAUUCUUAUUCAAUUUGAUCCAAAUCACUAUCAUCCUUGUCAAGAAAUCCAUUUUAUAUUUUCAUUUAUUUUCUGUUUAAACAACGAAAGUUGAAUAAUUACAGGCAUAAUAUAUCAUUAAAUUCCUAGAGAAAAAUUAAUUACAAACAAAGCAUUUGUAGGUUUUGAGUUUUAAACAGGAAUAUGUUCACAAAAGUAGUACAAUGAACAAGAGUAGCUUACGAACAUAAAACAUAAUCUUGUGAAUUUUGUAAUCAUUCAAAAUGAAAAUGAUUUGGAAAUGUUGACUUUUAGCCACAUAUAUAAUGACAAAAAUCAUUUUAAACUAAGCAUGUUCCUUCUUACACUGUUUUAAAUCAGUACUAACCAGUGCACUGACAGUAAUUUUCCUGUUUCAUCGUAGUUCAUUUAUGGCUUGAAACAUCAAGAUUGUUUAAGACAGUCAUUUUUUAGGACUAAGGACAUUAAUUUUGGGCCUUAGCUUAUAAAAGAGGGUUUGCUCAUUUAUAUGCCGAGGGACCCGAAACGAAUGUUCUUACUUCUUCAUGUACUUUGCUGUUGAAGCUGUGAAAAUGUAGGAAACAGUUAUUUUUGAACAAUAAUAAUUGAUACUGUGUCAGGAAAAAAAAGUCAUUUUGAACCUUGAAAAAAAAGGAAUUCUGUAUAAUUUACAUAAUUGUAAUAUUUUAAAUGCACUGUUCUAAGAUGUUGUUGAAAAUGGCUGAUAUAAUACUACCUGAUAACAAACUUUAUAGUCUGUAUAGUGGAUACGUUAUUCUCCUGUGCCUCAAAAAGAACACAUUAAUGUAAACUUUGCCCAAAAUAUUCCAGAAUGCUUAGAUAACGUAAUUUUAUUUUCUUAAUUAUUGUUGGUUCUAUUUCAAUUUGUUGAAAUAUAAUUUUUGUUUGGUUUGUUCAUGUGUCAGACUUUAAUCUUUUUUUUACCACAAUGCAGGGUUAUUUUUUAAAUGUUUUAUGUAAUUUGUGAUCAAAUCUUAGAAUUAUGGUUAUGAUACAAAAGUAUUCCCUGUCUCUUUUGGUUUUAAUAACAAAUGGAAUUCAUUUCAAUUAUUUAAGGUGAAAGUGAUCUCUUGUCCAAAACAAAAAGUUUUAUCAGUCUUAUUAGUACAAUUUAUGUUAAAGAUACAUGUAUUAUAAGGUAUUAUUCUUGAUAAAGACAUUAUGAUAUUAGUCAUUUUUCCUGUCAAAUAUUUGAAAGUUUUCACAAAAGAAGUAUAUUCAAUAACAAUAGUUAUAUAAAUAAAUGUAAGUUUAUUACCUUGGCUUUAAAAAACUCUCAAAAUAUAAUUUCUUGUUGUUUUUUUUCUUUAAGAAGAGAUCACAUUUUUAAUUGUUUGAACAAAAAAACUUAAGAACACUGUCGAUUGGCAAAGAUUAUUGCUAAUAACUGCUUUCUUUUUACUUGAUGCACAGAACAAAUAAAGUUAAAAGCAGAACAAUGUACUAUAAUAUAGAACAAGGUGGUGGUUAAUGGUCGUGACAGUAUUUUUUAAGCUUCUUAUCUCGAAUUUUUUUUCAAAGAGAAAGCCUCAAAAUUAUUUCAUUGCCACCAGAUAUAAUAACGCUGUGAGCUUAAAAACAAUGUUAUUGUAGCUAAAUUCAGCUUUGUAAAGUUUGUGGUCAAAAUGCAUGAAAUUAAUAUUAUACAUGCACUAAAAAUUGUCUGAGAUGUACGUUGGUAUUUAAAAAACGAAUAAAAUGGUACAAAUGA